GCCCCAGUGAGGAGCAGUCAUUUCUAGACGCUGCGCCCAAUCUCACGCAGGAGGGAGGGCGCGGCUUUUGACUGGGUGGGAGCGGGCACGAGAGGUACGAGCCCUCAGGCAGCAGCCCCGGCGUUGUGCGUUCCGCCCACCCGUGAGUCACGUGAGCCGCCAAGAUGGCGGCACUCGGGCGCGAAGCUGGAGCGGACCCGAAGUGUACGGGUCAGCUGCCGAUGCGAAACGGAGAAGCGCACGAGGGCAUGAAGACAGCAGUAUAUACACAUGCUCAGUCCAGUUCUGCUGUGGGAGAUGCAAAAUUCAGAAGACCAAUGGUCAUUGAUGUUAUAGAAAAAAAAUUUGAGAAUCUUAGAAAAGACAAGACCUUAGAUCUACAUGGAACAGUAACACUUGCAACAGCAGCUAGUUUUACUGGAAUAGUGUCAAACUUUGUUUUGAGAAGCUCUUUCAGUGUUACAUAUGAUGCUUUGAAGACCUAUGCAUCGUUAACUGCACUUCCAUUUUUGUCUACCAUAGUUACUUACAAGUUCCUUGUAAUUGAUCCUUUGUAUUCAGGUAAUAUAAGCAAGGAAAAUUGUGUUCUGAGAAGUUCACUGGUUGGCCUAAUAUGUGGUGUUGUAUAUCCCAGUGCUUUGGCUUUUUCUAAAAAUGGACGCCUGGCAGUCAAGUAUCAUACAGUUCCACUACCACAGAAAGGAAGGGUUUUACUUCAUUGGUUCUUGCUUUGUCACAACAACAUAAAAAGAGUGCUAGUUCCAGUAGUGUUUGUGGCAGCAUCUGGAGUGCUUAGUGGUCUACAGCACUAUGCAAUAUUUAAAAAAAACUGUGAUAAAACUGCACAUGAAGAUUAAAGAAUGGGUGCUAACUCAGCAGUAUAUAUUUUAUAUAAUGAAGAUUCAGGCAUUGCUGAAAGAGUUAAGAACUAUUUGUCCUUUUGCAUGUUCUAUAGCAAAUAAUAAAUAUUUAGUAAAUCAGUAAAUACAAAUGCUAGGCAAAUGUAAGUUUCAUCUUUCUUUCCUCAUUGUAUGUAAAAAUGGGGUUAGGACCUCAGGACUGAUCUGUGCAGUCAUACAUUCAUUCAUGAAACAUUUACUUCAUACCUGCUAUGUUUCAAGCACUGUAUUACAUGUAAUGAGAAAUGGUCCUUACCUGGAAACAAUUCUCAGUUAGAAGAGGAAUACAAAAUGUUAACAUAUAAUAUCAGAGGGUUUGAGAGAUAAACACAUGAUUUGAGGGUUCUGAGGAUGUGGCUAUUAAGUACUUAGAAGGAAAAGUUAUGGGAAAAGUAACGUGAUGUUACUUCUGAGAGAGGUGGAAGCUCACAAGAAAGCAGAAUAAGGAAACACAGCCCAUUACUCUACUCUGAACUGUGUAUACUAACUAGUUUCUUAUUGUUUACAAAUUGUCUUCACUGUGCAGUUUAAAGAGCAUUUAUUGCAUAUGUAUUUUCUAUGUAAUAAGAUAAGCACCAAAGGUAUAAAAACUCAGUUCCUGCCUUCAAGAAGAUUAAAUUCUAAAAGAUUUCAAAACACAUUUCCUUGGAGUCUGCUGAGAUGUUUCUGAGUUACACAUUUAUCUUAGUUCGCUUAGGAAAUACAGUUUACAGAACUGCUCCUUCUUGUCUUAGCCACAUAUAAGGGGCAAAAUAAAAACGUGUAAUCUAAGAAAUACAGUAAGGUUGACCUUUGUUUACCUUUACUGCCAUCUGAAAGCUGAUUUCUGCCUUAGUGACUACAAAUUAUCUUUGUGUCAUUUUCAAAAAGUGGCAAAAGACUUGAUAUUUUUUCCUUGGCUUUGGAAAGCAGUACUUGCCCAAGUGACUAUUGGAACUGUAAAAGAAAAAAUCAGGGAAACCUUGGUCUUCUGGACUCAAGCCCAGAAGUAAAACUAAUUGAACAGUAGUGAAGAAAGCAAGGUUCUAAAGGCAAAACUGCAUAUGAGAAAGGUAUAGCCUGGAACACUGACGGUUCAAGUCCUGUUUCACUACUUACCAAAAGAUGACUGAAAAACCUUUUACCUCUCUGGCACCUCAUCUUCCUCAUCUGUAAAAUGAGUAUUAAAAAUUACCUCAUUGUGUUCUAAGAAUUGAAUUAGUUAAAUAUACAAAUCCAGAGUGUUAAAAUCAUAGGAAGACUGUGUGUUAGCUGCUUAGUGCAUUUGGGCUGCCGAACAAAACACCAUAGACUUGAGCCAGGGAUUUAGCUCAGUGGUUCCACCACCUGCCUUUGUAAGCAAGCACAAGGUC